UUGUCAUCAGUCAGCUCUUUGCUUUCAAACCAAACCCAAGCUCAGCUUUAAAUCACAGAAACCAUCAUGUUCAAAUACGCCGUUGUCAUCUGCGCUUUGAUCGCCUGCGUGGCUGGAAAGCCAGGACUGCUCCAUGCUCCUCUGGCUGCUCUUCCCGCUCCCGUGAUAGCUGCCCCUGCUCCGGUUGUCACUGCCGCCAGCAGCCAGGUGGUGGCCAGGACCUUCAAUGGCAUUGCCGCCGCUCCGCUGGUUGCCCAGGUUCCAGUGGCACCUGCUCCAGUUUUGAGGACUCUGGCUGCUCCACUAGCAGCCCCAUUGGCUGCUUCACUGGCUGCUCCUCUGCGCGCUCCUAUUGCCUUCGCUGCUCCGCUGGCCGCUCCUCUUCCCGCUCCAGUGGCCGCUCCUCUGGCUGCACCAAUCCUCAACAGAGUGGCUCCAUUUGCUGCUCCCAUUGCAGCUCCCAUUGCCACUCCCCUCGCUGCCCCCUACGCCUCUCCUCUUCUGGCCAAGUACACUGCACCAUUGGCUUAUGCCCCAGCACCGUUGGGCUACGCCGCGCCCGCUUUGUGGUAACGGAAAAAAGCACAGACAACAGGGAUUAAGCAACCGUUUGUGUGUUCAAUGACUGAUAGCCCUUAAUAAAAAUCGUUAAAAUUGGUAAACAAAAAAA